GGCAAUCUCUAGCGCAUUGACGCAGAGACCUUGUAACGUGUAGUCAUAUACGAGCGUGUGCAGCCUUGGGAUAACUGAACUUGGCGUACAGAAAAGUCUUCAGAGGCGUUUGCAUGAGAUACCUUCAUUUAAUUGACCUUCAUUUGAUGUUUCGUGUUUGAUUUAUCAUCAGAGGGAGAACUAUGUUGUGUCUGCAGAACUCUGGGGACUGCUUCCGGGACCAGAUGCGCUACAUGAUGCGCUCGCUGCAGGAUCUGAAGCAGAUCAGGGACCCGUGCCAACCGGCCGCCGGCUGCCGCCCCCUGGCAUCCUCCCGCAUCAACCAAAAGAGGGCGCUACACCGGGAGCGCCUGAGCCGCCUGCGCAUCUCCGACUCGAGCGACGCCAGCACCUACGACUCGGCCUGCUGCCUGGCUAGUCCGCUGGAGGAAGAGGAGGAGGAGGGCGGUGGAGGAGGUGGAGGAGGAGGAGGAGGAGGAGGAAGGCUGGCCCAGGGCUCCCCCAGCAGCGAGAAGAGCCUGGAGUUUGACUCGGGCUACUCUGAGGCAUCCUGGCAGGACGAGGGCGUGGUGUUGCGCCGGACACGGAACGUGCGCGUCUCCGCUUCCGCGUGUGUGCGCACCAACCGCAUCCGGCCCAAGUCCACGUCGGACGCGUGCCUGGAGAGGUGGACGUCCUUCGAGGCCUGCGAGCCGGAGGACUGGACCACGUCCCUGCUGACGCGAGGACGCAACCGCCAGCCCCUGGUGCUCGGGGACAACAGCUUUGCGGACCUCAUCAAGAACUGGAUGGAUCUGCCCGAGUGCCCCGAGACCCCCGAGGUCAGGCCCAACGUGGGCCGCAGGCUGGCCAAGGACUUCAUGGGUAACAUGCGGCGGAGACUGGCUGGCAUGUCUAAGGUGACGGAGGGCCGCGGUAAAGCCAUGGACACAAGCACCAAAAGACUGUCCUGUCCAGUGGGCAUGCAGGUACAGAAGCCGUUCUUUCACCAGUCGCACACAGGACUACACCAAAUCGGAACAGACUACUACCAGUUUAGUGCCCUCAUGAAGUCCGGCAGUCGACAGCCGAUCAUAUGCAACGAUAUCAUUGGAUAUAUCUGAACUGAGAGAAAGACAGACCGCUACAAGAAGAAGAAGAAGACUUUUUCCCUCACAGGGUGUUUACUCCUCAUGAAAUAUUGUUGAUGCCGUAAUGUUAAAAUGGAAAUGUGUCCCAAUAAAAGUUUUGUUUUUUUUAUAAAGAAA